AUGGACCCAACUCUGCAGUCUCACCAGCUCCACCAGCUGGGCCAGCCUCAGUCUCAAAUGGUGUCUCAGUUCCAGCAGCCACAUCUGCAGCAGCAGCUCCAGCAGCAGUUGCAACAACAGCAGCAACAGCAACAGCAGCUCGACUCGGCCACUCCUCAGGAUGUCCUCGUCGAGGCGCGCAAGAACCUGCAGGUCCUGAUCGACUCGGGUCUGUCCAAGGACCUGCUUCACCAAUGGGUUGACGACGAUUCCUUUUCUGUCCAGCUUUCGUUCCCGGGCCAGGCACCGCCAUCCACAUCUACAUCUACUCCUCCGGCUUCUACCGCCACUCCCAUCCCCUCGCCGCUGCUCUCUCAUCCCGUCUCUGUCUCGCCCUCGCAUCAUCUGCAGUCUCCUCAGGCUUCAGCUCUCGCUCCUCCGCAGAAUCAGUCUGCUCCUACGCCCGUCUCCGCCGCCGUCCACAGCUCUCCCGUCGCGUCUCUGUCGGCUUCAUCCGCCGCCACUUCUCCCAUUCCCGUCUCCAGCUCCGGCACUCUUGCCAGCUCGACGUCUCCCGUCAACGGCGCACCUCCUUCUAUCGCAAUAAUCAAAACAGAGCCCUCCUCCUUCGCCGACGAUGUGUCGAGGGCCUGGGCCGCAGCAGCCGUGCUGCCACAAGCCCCCAAUUCCUUGUCCGGAGCCCCCCAAGCCCAGGCAUCGCGGACGGCUGCAGCGGGCGGCAUCGUCAAGUCUGAUGCCUCGACCUUCAUCUCGCCAUCGAUGCCGUAUCUCCACCACCGUCCUCGCAUCUCCGUCUCUUCAACUAGCUCAGGAUCCUCUGGCCAUGCUUCUGUGUGGUCCGUCAACUCCGCACGGUCAUCCAUGUCUUGGGCAUCGGCUUCAUCUUCGCGCACUCAGGCAUCGCUUCCCAUGACUCCCGCUUCUUCUUCCUCAGCCAACAAGACCAACAUCUACUGGUGUACCUCAUGCGAGACCAGCUUCAAGCGAAAGUAUGACUGGAAGCGUCACGAGGAUGAGUUUCACGAGCGUUGGAGAAAGUAUCCCUGCCCCGAGCCAGGCUGUAACCGCAGUUUCUGGGGCUCCAACUCGUUCAACCAGCACCACAAGCAGUGCCACGGCUGCAAGACGUGUCCCCACGCAGAAAAGGUGGUCAAGUUUCUCCGCAAGCGCAAGUACUGGGCCUGUGGUUUCUGCUCUGCCCUUCACCCUGCGCGCGAGCGACACGUUGAACAUGUGGCCCGGCAUUUCGAGUCUGGCCUGGGCAAGGCCGAGUGGAUGCACUCGAGAGUCAUCUAUGGCCUCCUGCAUCAGCCACUCAUCCACGGGGCCUGGGAUGCUCUUGUGACGGCUAAGCAGGCUGAAUUUGGUGGACGCCGUCCCCAGUUCAGUUGGCAUCCGAGCAAGACGGGACGUGCUCAGGGCUUCCUGGAGAAGGAGAAUCCCGGCCAGCUCCAAGACUUGCUCGAGUUCUUCUCCGGCGAUGAGGGCGAGGCUCAAUGGAUCGUCAGCGUUGCCUUUGACCUGUCCGAUAUGGCCUUUGCAAGCGCUCAACCGCCGGCUGCGGCUCCUUCACCGCAGCCGCAGUUUGCGCCCAACAUGAUGGCUCCUCCCUCCGGCUUCCCGCAGCAGCAGCAGCAACAGCAGCAGGAUAGUCGCAUGUCCUUUACGGCAUUGCCCUCCCAAGCACCGCAGCAGAUCCCCACUUCGAAUCCCUUUGGUACCCCUUCUUACCGAGCCUCGGCAGCAUUUGUUCCGUCCCAGGCGUUUCCCUCCUCGGUGCAGCAGCACUCACCCGAUCUAUCAACACCUUCUCCCAUGACUUCUCAACUUGACAAGCGGGAGCUGCCCCCUAUUCCCCAAGGCCAUUCCUUGGCAGACGGCAUGAUGGACUUUGAGUAUUCUCCCGCCGCCCCAGUCAUCUUUGAGGACUGGGAGAGCAUUGCGAGCUCAACCUUUCUCGACACAUCGGCACAUCACCAGCAACAGCAGCAGCAGCCCAACCAGGGUGCUGAUUGGGGGAUAUCCCAAUUUUACGGCAAUUCGAAUAUGAAUUGA